AUGGCGUCCAACAACAGCUACCGGUUCAUAUCGGCGCUGCUGCUGCUCUACCUGGCGACGACUGCGCUCUUCCUGCUGUUCAUCCAGCACUCGUCCGUGCCGCGGCUGCGCGAUUGCCGCUUCCGCUGCUCGUUCAGCAACCAGGAGCAGCGGCUGGAUGAGGCGGCGUUAGUGUUGUUCUCGGUGGCUGACCUGCACCGCAUGCCGCCGCCAGGCGCGGACGAGCGGCCCGCCAGCCAGCUGUGGGCGCUGCUUGCGCUCGACCCGCCGGUGGCCGCGCGCCGCCGUGCGCCCGAGCUCCGCCGCUACGACCGCGUCUUCAACUGGACGGUCAGCUACCGGCGUGACUCGGACGUGCCGCUGACGUACGGCCGCGUGGUGUCGCGGCCGAGCCGCCGCGAGCACUACGUGCGCGAGCUGCGCCGCCACAUGGACGUGGACGUGCUCGGGCCAUGCGCCAACGUCAGCUGCGGCUCGGCCGCGCAGUGCUUCGCGCGCUUCCGUGGCAACUACACCUUCUACCUGGCGCUGGAGGCGGCGCACUGCGUCGACUUCGUGUCGUCGCCGCUGCACCAGGCGCUGCGGCACGGUAUGGUGCCGGUGGUGCGCGGCGCGGCCGAUUACCGCCGUCUGGCGCCGCCGCACUCCUUCAUUGACGCGGCGGCGUUCUCGGGGCCCGAGGCGCUGGCGCGCCACCUCACCGGGCUCAGCGACGACCAGCUGAGCGCCUACCGUCGCUGGCAGGGCACGCACGAGGUGCUGCCCGCCGACUGGGCAUGCGAAGUGUGCACGCGGCUGCACAGACUGGGCGCCAAUAGCUCGGCGUUCCCGGCGCACGGCGGCGAACAGCUGCACCGCUGGUGGUACGAGCGGGGCCGCUGCGAACCGGCGCCGGCCGGCGACGCCACCGCCCCCGCGUCAUGAGGCGAGCUGGCGUCGGAGUACCUCCUGAGGACAUGUGGAAGCAGUCUGUGUACCUGAAUGCAUGUGGAAGUAGUCUGUGUCUACUGAGGACAUGGUGAGGCAGUCUGUGCUUCCUGAACAGCAUGUGUGGCCGCCCGUGGCGACUGGGCAAAGAGGCGAGUGGCGGCCGGUCCAGCUCAGCCGGAACAUGAACUGUCCGGUCAGCAGUUCAGAGGUUCAGAGGCGUAGGUCGGGGACGGAAACUCCUCGGUAGGUCGAGGAGCUCGGGAAGACAAGCCAGCCGAGAGCUGUUGUUAUGGUGAUGUCAUUCCGUUUGGUCUUGGAAUUGCUCGGAAUGCGUGCGGCGGCGGCGAAGGUGCCCAGAAUUACAUGACCUAGCACCCUCUGCUUCGAACGCACCCUCUGACAGGUGACGAACGUGUGCGAUUUGCCUGCAGUUCGGUGUUGAGUGGUAGAUUGUUUUACAAUUGGUCUCAGUGCGCAGUGAUAUUUGGUGCUUGUCCGGUUUCAAACUGCGAUAAUAU